AUGCUCAGUCUCAUCAACUGGAGACUGAAAGUCACGAUUAACGAUGGGCGCGCGUUAACGGGACAAAUGCUGGCAUUUGAUCGCCAUAUGAACUUGGUCUUGGCCGAUUGCGAGGAAUUUAGAAGAGUUCGUCCCAAGAAAAAGGCGGGGGAGGAGACGGCACCUGAACAAGAAAUGAAGCGAACACUUGGGCUUGUGAUCUUGCGUGGGGAGACAGUGGUCAGCCUAAGCGUUGAGGGGCCACCCCCUAUCGUUGAUGAGGACAAAAAGAACGCGGUGCGCGACUCAGAACAUGAUCAGCGUCGAUCUUGA